AUGCGCUUCUCUCUUGCAUACGUGACCCUGCUGGCUGCUACUGCCGCGGCCAGCUUCGAAGGCAACCUCAAUUAUGAGAGUCCUUCUCGCCGUCAUGCCGGUCUCGGUAUCGACGUGCCUCUGGUGCAGCGCCGCUCUUGGAAGCGUGGUAAUGUGGCCUACAAACCUGAGGAACUAAGCUUCACUCACGGUGUUGCCUCUGGUGACCCGUGGCCCGAGAGCGUCAUCCUCUGGACUCGCAUUGCUCCCUCCAAUGGGUCUGACGCGAGCGAGGUCACUGUCAAGGGAACCUCGGCUUUGUACAAUCAUGAGACCGAGAAGUAUGUCAAGGCUGACCCCAAUCCGAUCUGUCUUGACUGGAAGGUAUUCAAGAGCAAGUGCGGCAACGGUACCCAGGAGGUUAUCACUAGCGGCAAGGCUUAUACCACCUCCGACAUUGACUACACCGUUGAGGCCAAAGGGCUGAAGCCCCUUACCAAGUAUUACUACCAGUUCACCGUUUGCGGCUCAAACAAGAAGAGUCCCAUGGGUAGAACCAAGACUGCGCCAAACAAGGAUGACGAUGUUUCCCGUUUGAGCUUUGCUGUUUUCUCCUGCAGCAACUUCCCCAACGGCUAUUUCAACGCUUACGGCAAUGCUGCCAGAAAGGACAAGCACGACUAUGUCAUCCACCUCGGUGACUACAUCUACGAAACAGGCAAGAAGGGCGAGCGUGCCACCAUGCCGAACGGUACCAUCUUCACUCUUCAUGACUAUCGCACUCGACAUGGACAGUACCGGACCGACCCAGAUCUCCAACUCCUGUCGAAGACCCACCCUUGGAUCACCACCUGGGAUGACCACGAGUUUGCCAACAACGGCUACAGAGAUGGCUUCAGCGCCCUGAACAACACCGAGGAUUCCUUCCUCAAGGGUCCUAAGGUCACCGUUGAUACCCGCAAGGUCAACGCUGUCCGAGCUUACUUCGAGUGGAUGCCUAUUCGGCAAGCUGAUCUCGAUGAUGGUCUGCGCAUCUGGCGUUCUUUCCAGAUGGGCAAGCUUCUUGACCUCAUCGUCCUUGACACCAGGAACUACGACCGUAGUAUCACUUCUCUUGGAUGGAACGAUCACUACAUUGACCUCAUCCGCGACGACCCUGCUCGAACCCUCAUGGGCUCGCGUCAGGAGAACUGGUUCUACAAGUCACUUAGUGAGUCUAAAGACCGGGGCGCGGCUUGGCGACUGGUCGGCAACCAGAUCAUCUUCUCCCGAAUCUUCUCCAAUGACAAGGGCGCCUUGAGCGGCGAUAACUGGAAUGGCUACAUCGCCAACCGCAACCGCACUCUGCAGCACCUGUACGAUAACAAGAUCGGCAACAAUAUCUUCCUUGCCGGCGACAGCCACCAGAACUGGGUCUCCGAUCUUGCCUGGCUCGGAAGCAGGGAGUACGACAUGGCGUCCGGCAAGGGCGCCAUCGGCGUCGAGUUCGCCGGUACUGCCGUCAGCUCCAGCGGUCGCGCCGGCCCUAUCGAGCCCGCUGCCGGUGACUACGCUCGCGGCAUGAUUAAGCGCAACGAGGAGAUGAUGUGGCAGGAGGGAUACUAUCGCGGCUACUUCCAGCUCGACGUCACGCCCAAGGAGGUGACGGCUCAGUUCUUUGGCUGUCCCUCGGUGGCAACCCGCAACGGCUGGGAGAUCCCCCUGGCCAACUUCACUGUCGUCUCCGGCGAGGAUCAUUUGCACCGACCCAUCGCUGGGGGUAGAGCCGAGUCUGGGGCUCUGCGGUUCGGUGAGGUCAAGCACACCAACCUGACCCGUAACACCGAGACUGGAGAAUGGAAGGUUAUUGGAUUUGAGAAGAUGUUUAUCUGA